AAGCAAAUAAGUACAAUUAAUGUCCAUAAAAACCUCAAUAAAGUCCAUAAAAGUAUUUAGCAUUGAACAUUGUAACCUGUGAAGCACAAUUAUCACUUAUAAUUGGUGUGAUUGAGUAACUGCUUUUGGUACUAACACUAAUAAGUACUAUACAAAAACAAUGAAUUAUAAAUAAAAUAGGAAAGACCUAAAAUAAAGUUUGGUUAUUGUCACACCACAAUAUUAAAGACAAAAACCUUUUUAUUUUUUUUGUGUUGGAAGAAAAAUAGCAGUGCAAAUAUUUGUGUUUAGUCUCUAGUCUUUUCUUGAGUUUUUGAAUGCUUCUUAGGCAUUGUUUGUCUGUUAAGGUGAAACAGGCUCUGAAAACAAUGUGUGUGUAAUCAAGUUUGAAGCUUUUUUUAUCUCUGAUCACUGCUUGGCAUUUUAAUCUUGUUCGUGAUGACAGCAGAGGGCCGUUUGGUGGGUGAAGAGGUUUCCGGAGACGAUUUUCCGGCCGGUAUGCGUGUUCUUGCUGUUGAUGACGACAAAACUUGUCUCAAAUUGUUGGAGAAUUUGCUUCGCAAAUGCAACUAUCAUGUUACUACAACAACAGAGUCAGUGAAGGCGCUAGAAAUGUUGAGGGAAAACAGAAAUAUGUUUGACCUUGUUAUUAGUGAUGUAAAUAUGCCAGACAUGGAUGGAUUUAAGCUCCUUGAGCAAGUUGGACUUGAAAUGGACCUACCUGUAAUCAUGCUGUCGGGAAAUGGUGAUAAAGAGAGGGUGAUGAAAGGCGUGAUACAUGGCGCUUGCGACUAUCUGAUGAAACCUAUCCGAAUCGAAGAGCUGCAGAACAUAUGGCAACAUGUAGUGAGAAAGAAGAUUGAUUGCAAGGAUCAUAAUAAGGGUACAAAUACUAACGAGGAUAAAAUCUGCAAUAUGGCUGGGGUGUGUAGUCAAGACAUCACAUCUGAAAAUAUUGAUAACAAGAACAAAAUGUUGAGACAAAAAAGGAAGGAACAAAGUGACGAAGAAGAUGAUGAAGAAGAAGAUAAUGAUGAAGAGAAUGGAGAGGAACCCUCAACUCGGAAGAAGCCUCGUUUCGUUUGGGAUGCUGAGUUGCAUAGAAAAUUUCUUGAUGCUGUUAAUCAACUGGGCCUUGACAAGGCUUUUCCUAAGAAAAUACUUGACUUGAUGAAUGUUGAAGGGCUUACAAGGGAAAAUGUAGCAAGUCAUCUGCAGAAAUACAGACUUAGUCUCAAAAGGCCAGCUAAACAAGCUAGAAUUGAUGGUACAUUGGGUACUACUGAUCCUUACCUGCAAAUGGGUUCAUUAGGUGGAUAUGGAGAUUUUUGUACCUUGUCAGGAUCAAGAAGAAUCUUAAGCAGCACACUACCAUCAUAUGCAUCUAGUGAAAUAUUUUGUCGGUCGAACGCCUCAUCACUGUUGAACUCUAGAGGAAUUAGUUCUUCUACACUGGUCCCUCCACUCCAGUCUCAAAACAUUAAUGCUCUCAAGCUGCCUAUGUUUUCUGCUUACGAAAACUCGAGUUUCUUACAGCGUAUUCGAGCAUCAACGGAGAUUAACCAUUUUCAGCAGAACAAUUAUCCAACUGGCAAUAUGAAGUUAAGUCCAAUUGAUGAUUCAAGUGCAUUUGCAGUUUCAUCUAGCCUCUCAGACAUCAUCAGAGCUACUACUAUUAACAAUGCAAAUAGUUAUCUGUCUUGCUUCUCAAGUAAUCACCUACAAACACAUAAUUCAGGAGCAUUUAUGAAUCACUCUUCUGUUGGAGGUGCUGCUGUGAAAUCAGAAUCUUUUAACCCCGGCACAAGUGGUUCCUCGAAUUCAUUUGAUUAUAGUCGGAUUAAGGAAAGCUUGCAGAAUGCAGCUCAGUUAUCUAACUUUGCUUCCAAUUCUUCUCCAUUGAGUGAGGAUUUUAACAAUGAUCAACUGUCUCAAAAUAGCUUAAAGUUUUCCUCUCACGGUUCUCAUUUUCAGAAAAGUCCAAUUGAUUUUUCUUCCUCGCGUGUUGUUGCGGUUCCUUUGGAGGAAACUAUGCCAUGUCAAGAAGGCUUACUUGGGAAUGUCGUAAAGGCUUCAUGUUACACACAGCAUCAAAACAUGAGUUCUACCUUCAAUACCUUAAAUUCUCUAGCUUCUCCUAAUGAAGACACUCAGUUGCCUGAAGUUGAGAAUUUAUAUUCAGAUGCUAGAAUUGAAUCAAAUGAUGAUUGCUUUUUGCAGCAUAUGAUUUCUCUAGAAGGAUUCGUUCAGAAUAAUUGUGUUUCAUUGGAUGACAUAAUAAGCGAAACAGUUAAAAAGGACCAAAAUGAGACGAAAUCGAUAGACCGAGAAAAGGAAUUUGAUGCUUGCAAAGUUGGACCAAAAUGAGUCGUUUCAUCUAGUUUAACCUCCAGUUUGCAUCUACGUUAAGAUUUUGUUUCUCACAUGCCAAGGUUCUUUGGACGUGAAUUUGUAGAAGCUGCAAAUCGUUCGUAGCUUGUUGAUGGUCGAAUCAAAUGUCCGAAACAAUUUGGCCGUGGUUCCAAACAUAGUUUCUUUAGCAGGAAUAGUAUGUGCUAGCUGUCAAACUUCUCAACCUUUUUUUGUUUAUUAUUAUCUCUAUGUUUAUACUUUAUAUAUAAAAUAUUUUCUCUGGCAUUGGGUUUCCCCUCUCUCUCUCUCCCCACAUACUAGUAUUAAUGAUUUAUGAUUGAUUCUUUAAAAUUACUUAUUUUUUACAAUGAAAGUGUGACAAGUUUGAAAUGGUUUAUAUUACUUUUGAAUUAGAUUAUCGCCAAUUUGCUAACUUCUAAAUCAAUUAAUAUUUUAAAUCCCUCAUAAGGCAAAGAUGAAUAAUAAUGAAAACCUUUCUAUCUCACAUAUGCACUAUCAUUUCUUUAGUUUGUGCCUAAAAAAACAGCCAUAUGUAACAUUUGUAAUUUGAAGACAACAAAGAUGUUCUACGUUUUCAUGGGCAAAUUAGCCACAAGUACCAUGAAAAUUCUAUUCUCUUGAACUACUUUAUGAUGGACUAAUCCUGCUAUGUAUUUCAACCUAUCAAUUGUUUAGGUAAACAAAUUAUGGUUAUAUAGUUAUCAAAUAGUUAUCUUGUGCAGUUAAUAUUUGUUUCAUCAGAAAUUCAGGCAAAACAAAAUGUUUCAUCAGAAAGAAAAAAAAAAAACAGACUUGACUGAGAAUGUAUAUUAUGGCCUCAGCAUUGAUUAUUCCCUAAUGGCAUGACAAGGGCAAUAGCUCAAAUGCGUCGCUCACUCUUCCUAUGCAACAAUUCUAAGAAUCGUCAAAGCAUAUGUUUGGAACUAUGGUGGAUUUGCCAUUUCUCGUGCCUCAAGGAUAUUCACUGCACAAGGUACCGUUAAGGAAUGUGCACUGCAGACGUGGCAUCAAACACGCACUACUGCAUCUCACUAAUUAACAGUGUCCCAUUAUAAUUUCUUCAAAACGAUUCAAAUAACUGAUGUCCAGUACAUGAUAAAACUAUCUUUCCCGGUAGAAAUGUUAUAGGGAUAGAAGAAAUAAGUUUUUAACAAUACCACGUUUCAAGUAUUUGAUUUUAUUUCAACUUUGGAAGCACCUUGAUUUCUUCCUGUACUAUAAUCACCAAAAAAUAGAGCUCCAAUGAACAAAUGGAAUCCUUCAUAUGAACUCUCUUUCAUACUCAAUUGUUAGCGAUACAAACUAAGGCACAGAUUUUUUCAUGUUACACCUAGAUUAUAUUGCUUUCAUAUGGUUGAUAUGACAGGUGAUUUAGUUUUACUGGCCUUGAUACAGAUUUAGAUUCCUUGGUGUUGACAAAACACAGACAUAGUCACCCAGCCAGUGAAUUAACUUCAUAUUUUACUAACCAUUGUUCUCUGAAAUCAAAGACUGCAUGAAGCUCAACUGUAUAAAAUUCAGUGAUUAGAUGACGUCUUGUUCCUUUGACAGUGGAGAAUCUGUAUCUGAGUUGUGAGGUGGUGAGUCUCGAAAUGUUAGGUAGAGAUUUCAUAAGCAACAACUGUUGCAUCUCUUACAACUUAACAUUGUUUUUCGGGUUGGUGUCUGUUGAAGGUGCUACAGGGUCCAAUGCACCUUCCGUGUGUUUGAAAGCCAGAUAAAACACACUCUUAGUUUGCAGUGGAUUACUAUAAUAUACUCCUCAGUUUCAUGGGUAAGGAUGUUCUAGUUCUAGAUAGAAAUGGAUUCUCUCUGGUUAAAAAAUAUGACAUAGUCAUUGCAGUCAGUCAAUUAGUACUAUUGGAUGAAGAUCAAACAACUCACCUUAUGAGUUGCUUUUCCAAUCCAAUUUACCGCACUAAAUACUUAUCCAAGUGUUCCCACAACAUGGUUAAGAUUCAUAUCGUGAAUUGGAAUAACUAUUUUCCAAUUGUGCAUUGAAUCUCAUUAUGAAUGGCAAAAUAUAUUAUUAAUAAGAAUAUAGUUUUUUAUGUAAAACUAGUGACAUUGCUAAUUCAUAAGUUGAUAUACCAUAUUCAAACCUCAAAAUAAUUUAAGAAAAAAAAUUAAAAUUUUGGCACCAUUCUACAUUUUCUGAUAAAAGCACUAGGCAUCAAUGUACAGUUGUACACUUAAUCGGUGGAAA